AUGACAUUAUCAGGAAUGAGUAACAAGGAUGACACUGUCAGGAAAGACAGUAACAAGGAUGACAUUAUCAGGAACGACGGUAACAAGGAUGGCAUCAGGAACGACAGUAACAAGGAUGACAUUAUCAGGAACGACGGUAACAAGGAUGGCAUCAGGAACGACAGUAACAAGGAUGACAUUAUCAGGAACGACGGUAACAAGGAUGACAUUAUCAGGAACGACGGUAACAAGGAUGACAUCAGGAACGACGGUAAUAAGGAUGACUUAUCAGGAACGACAGUUACAAGGAUGACUUAUCAGGAACGACAUUACAAGGAUGACAUCAGGAACGACAGUAACCAGGAUGACAUCAGGAACGACAGUAACAAGGAUGGCAUUAUCAGAAACGACAGUAACAAGGAUGACAUUAUCAGGAACGACAGUAACAAGGAUGACAUCAGGAACGACAGUAACAAGGGUGACAUCAGGAACGACAGUAACAAUGAUGACAUUAUCAGGAACGACAGUUACAAGGAUGAUAUCAGGAACGACAGUAACAAUGAUGACAUUAUCAGGAACGACAGUUACAAGGAUGGCAUCAGGAACGACAGUAACAAGGAUGACAUCAGGAACGACAGUAACAAGGAUGACAUCAGGAACGACAGUUACAAGGAUGGCAUUGUCAGGAUCGACAGUAACAAGGAUGACAUUAUCAGGAACGACAGUAACAAGGAUGACAUUAUCAGGAACGACAGUAACAAGGAUGACAUCAGGAACGACAGUAACAAGGAUGACAUCAGGAACGACAGUAACAAGGAUGACAUCAGGAACGACAGUAACAAGGAUGGCAUCAGGAAAGACAGUAACAAGGAUGACAUCAGAAUCGACAGUAACAAGGAUGACAUUAUCAGAAAGGACAGUAAAAAGGAUGACAUUAUCAGGAAUGAGUAG